AUGGCUUCGAAAGCGUUCAAGCGUUUUCUUCCACUUUUUGACCGCGUUCUUGUUCAGCGGUUCGAAGCAACGGCUACUACAAAAGGUGGUAUAAUGAUUCCAGAGAAAGCAAAAGGAAAAGUUCUAGAAGCCACCGUAGUUGCUGCUGGACCAGGACGAAUGGACGAGAGUGGAAAGACAAUCCCUUUGUGCGUCAAAGUUGGCGAAAAUGUGUUUUUACCUGAGUACGGCGGCACUAAGGUCGUACUUGAGGACAAGGAGUACUAUCUAUUUCGUGAAUCUGACAUAUUGGCCAAGAUUCAGGAUUAG